AUGACCUUCGAAGAGCAAUGCGGUUGGGGGCUAUCACUAGACAUGCCUGCUCGUCGUGGUUACCGUGGCAGGCUCGGCCGUCCUAACGAUUCUCAGCUGAAUACGUCCUACCCUUUGCCUGCCUGCUGUGACAGUUGUCGCAAAUGUGAUGAACUAUGUGAUGGUGAGGAUAGUUUUUUUCGACACCCUGACACUGAUGACUCGUUCCUCUGCACGUGGUGCAAAAAAGAAUAUCCACUAAUCUUGGCAGCUUCCUGUGGUCAUCAGUUUUGCAAAGGA